UUAGGGAAAAACUGUAGGCACCAAAUUACACCCAUGCAAAAGCUAUGUAUCCAACCCAAACUAGAACAUACAGAACCAACAAACAAGAUUUUUUCCCAUUUGCAACUCUCUCUCUUCCAGAUUAAAAGGGGGCAGGGAAUUCCUCCUCUCUGCACUAGUCAGAAUCUGCAGAAAUGGGUUGUGGUGAAUCCAAGCACGUAGCAACCGGAAACACCAUUAGCCGGAAGAAUUCAAGAGCUGAGUCCAAGAGGGGCAAAACCUCGGAAACCAUUGCAGAAACAAGCAAACAGGGUAGCAGCACAAGCUCAAUAUUGGUGCAAGAGGAAGGCAAGAAUGUCAAUCAGGACUCUUUUAAUUCCAGGGCUGUGGCUGAUGAGGGGAAGGACAUAAUUGAGAGCACAGAAUUGAAGAAAGAAGAGAAUGUAGAGACAGAUAAGGAGAAGAAAAGUGGGGUUGUGGGAGAGAAUGAGGAACCUAUUCAGGGAAUUGCUUUGGAGGGAAUGUCUGGAAGGUCGGAGUAUUACUCUCCACGAGAAGAGGCUGGGCAAGAGAGCUUGUUCAAUGAGAAUGUGAAUCUGGCUGAAGAGACAAAAGAAAAAGCUGUAGACGAAAAAGAAUCGGCUCAAGAGACAAAAAUACAAGCCAGAGAAGAAAUUGUGGAGGAUAAAAAAUUGGCUGAAGAGACCAAAGAAGAAACAGUGCAGGAAAUAAUACUUGCUGAAGAGACAAAAGAAGAAGCUAAAGAAGAUAUCGUGGAGGGUAAAAACCUGGCUGAAGAUGCAAAAGAACAAACUGUGGAGGGUGAAAAACUGGCUGAAAAGAAAACAGAAGAAACUGCAAAUGGAGAACGUGAAGCUGUGAAGGAAGAGAACUUGGUAAAAGAAACAGAAACAGCAGAAACUACUGAACCUGAAGCUUCAACCCCAGUUGAGAAAGAGGAAGAAACAGCAGUUGCUGCACCAGCCGAGGAUUUGAAGACAGAGUGAAACCUUUGAAGCUGUUUUAUCUGGGUUUAUCAGACUCUUUGUACACUUCAAUUUCAUGUAUUAAUACCAUACUCCUCCUCAAAACCCUGAUCAAAGAAACAUGUAAAAGUGUUAAGAAUUUAACAUGGAACUCAAAAAGUUUGUCUAAAUAUGUGUUUCUUUAUGGAAUAUUGUGGCUUGCAUUGAUA